AUUCUGUCAGCGAUUCUGUAAACAAAUGAACUAUAUAAUGUGGGACCCAAAAUCCACCGUGAAACAAAUAACUAUCACACACAUGAUUUCUAAACGGACGGAUAAAAUGCUCGCCCGAACAGACGAAAAGGAGUACAAGGUAUCUUUCUUGGAGCAAGAGAGACGUAUUACGGAAGCAAAAGAAAAUUGCAACGUGACGAUACAGUCAUUCAGGCCAACGGCAGAUACUUUGUGCCCUCCUGUGUUUGAUAACAUCAUGUGUUGGAACGCCACCAGCCCGGGAACGACCGCCACGCAGCCGUGUCCAAACUAUGUCCACAGAUUUCUAGUCGACGGCUUCGCAAGGAGAACGUGCACUAGUAAUGGAUCGUGGUACAUCAAUCCGAACACAAACAGUUCCUGGACAGACUUUGUUGAAUGUGUACCAGAUGAUGAAAAUAUACGGAAAUCGUUAAAUCAACACAUUGGCAGAAUACAGAAUAUGUCCGUCAUUGGAUACAUCAUUUCCCUAUUCUCAUUGGUGCUAGCUGUGGUUCUGCUUCUACGACAUAGGUACAAAUCCAAGACUAGAAGGUCCAAGAUAACGAUCCUUCACAUUAACCUGUUCAUUGCCUACAUUCUACGAGCCGUUGUAUUUCUGAUCAAGGACCAGGUCUUUCAAGAUGGCUUCGCUCUCCACAAAGACAUUCAGCGGACAGGGGCAUUCUUCAAAUUGAAAGACGGCAGUGGAUCGGUCAGUCACUGGGAGUGUAAGCUAAUCGUGACCUUGUACGUGUAUACUCUGGUAGCCAGCACCGUCUGGUUGUGUGUUGAUGCGCAUGUCCUACGGAAGCUCCUCUACGUCGACUGGAUGUACAUGCAGAAGAGAAACAGUGUUCUUUUCCAUAUAGCCUUUGGGUGGGUGGGGCCAUUGUUGAUGGUGGUGCCGUGGGUCUUGUAUCGAGUGUUGGCUGAAAACUAUCUCUGUUGGAAUACCACACCUAAUUCAUGGGCGUCGUGGGCCAUCCGCAUCCCAGUUAUUGUCGUCAUCCUGGUAAAUCUAUUUUAUUUUGUCAUGAUCGUCAGAGUUUUGUACAAAAGAGCCUCUGAGACCUGGGCGAGACAGACAGACACCGGCAAGAUUACAGUCCGAGUGUUAAAGAUGACUAAGCAUAUCUGUAUACUCAUUCCACUGUUCGGUGUUCCUGACAUAGCCUUCACCAUCAUGUCUUUGUGUCUGGAUAACAAAUACCUGUAUCCUGAAAUGUUAUUCAAUUCCUUUCAGGGUUUCAUGUUGUCACUAACGCUGUGCCUUACAGAGAAAAGGGUCGCACAGGAUGUGUGGAAGAUAUUUUUAGAUUGUAUAAAGACUAUAAACAAUAAAAGCAUCGGCCGGAAAGCGUCACAACCCUCAUCGACAGGAGAUGAAUUCGUGGAAAAUGCUAGUGAGCAAAAAAAUGCCGGAAAAGAAAUGUCAGAGACCAUACAGACGGACAAAAGUCGGGUGCGAAUGUCAUCUGUGUAAAUGUAUAUAUACAUGUGUAUCUGUGUAAAUGUAUAUAUACAUGUGUAUCUGUGUAAAUGUAUAUAUACAUGUGUAUCUGUGUAAAUGUAUAUAUACAUGUGUAUCUGUGUAAAUGUAUAUAUACAUGUGUAUCUGUGUAAAUGUAUAUAUACAUGUCAUCUGUGUAAAUGUAUAUAUACAUGUGUAUCUGUGUAAAUGUAUAUAUACAUGUGUAUCUGUUGAAUGUCAUCAGUGUAAAUGUAUAUAUACAUGUGUAUCUGUUGAAUGUCAUCUGUGUAAAUGUAUAUAUACAUGUGUAUCUGUUGAAUGUCAUCUGUGUAAAUGUAUAUAUACAUGUGUAUCUGUUGAAUGUUUAUAAUGUAAAUGUAUAUAUACAUGUGUAUCUCUUGAAUGUUUAUAAUGUCAUCUGUGUAAAUGUAUAUAUACAUGUGUAUCUGUUGAAUGUUUAUAAUGUAAAUGUAUAUAUACAUGUGUAUCUCUUGAAUGUUUAUAAUGUCAUCUGUGUAAAUGUAUAUAUACAUGUGUAUCUCUUGAAUGUUUAUAAUGUAAAUACACAUACACCCAGUAGCUAAGUACUUCUUUACUAGCUUGAAAAUACGGAUGUAUAUUUAAUUGCUGUUAUACAAUUUAGAAAUUCAUUUCAAAAUUAAGGAUCAUCUCCCUCAUGCAUAGCUCUUAUCCUUGGACGGAUUUGGCUCCACUUUUUUGGCACGCUGGUUUUGGCUAUAUUUAGCUCUAAAACUUCAUAGUUAUUUCGGAUUUCAAACAUUUCGGUUGAGCAUCACUGAAGAGACAUUAUUUGUCGAAAUGCGCAUCUGGUGCAUCAAAAUUGGUACCGUAUAAGUUUUACAUACAUCUGUAUCUGUUAAAUGUUUAUAGUGUAAAUACACAUACAUUUGUAUCUGUUGAAUGUUUAUAGUGUAAAUAUACAUACAUAUGUAUCUGUUAACUGUUUAUAGUAUAAAUGCACAUACAUUUGUAUCUGUUAAAUGUUCAUAGUGUCAACAUACAUACAUUGGUAUCUUUUAAAUGUUUAUAGUGUAUAUACAUAUACUUUUGUAUCUGUUAACUGUUUAUAAUGUAAAUACAUACAUAUUUAUAUAUACAUUUGUUAAAUGUUUACAAUGUAAAUACACAACCAUAUGUAUAUGUUGAUUAUUUCCAAUAUAAAUACAUAUACAUUU